AUGGGGCUGUGUUGUUUGGUGGUGGAGCUAUGUCUCCUGCUUUUUAUUCUCUAUCCUGUCCCCCUGAUGGCACAAAAUAAUAACAACUCAGCAGAAGAUCCAAUAGAGGGGGGUGUUAAAUUAGCUGCAUGGCACAUUGAAGAGUUCUCCACGUACUUCAGCAUCAUUUUAACGCUUUUGGGAGUUACGCUCUUCAAAAUGUAUUAUCCAAAGGUGCCCUUUGUGCCAGAUUACAUUCCACAGUCUCUCCUUCUCAUCGUCAUUGGCGUUAUCUUCGGCGCCAUCCUCAAUGCCAUAACUGGCGAUAAGUUGGAUGAUACGCUAUGGAAACUGCGUCCAGACAUGUUCUUCCACUUUCUUCUUCCCCCCAUUGUCCUGGAUGCGGCAUACAGUCUGUAUAAUAGAACAUUCCUUGACUACCUUGGCAGCAUUCUUAUAUAUGCUGUGAUCGGAACUGUGCUCAACUUCCUUAUCAUCGGUCCAUUAAUGUACGGGCUGGACAAGGCGGGAGCGAUGGGCAGCAGUUCGGUGGGCAUUACUUUUAACGCCUACCUCCUCUUUGCAUCGCUUAUCGUUGCUGUAGACCCCGUUGCUGUGUUGGCAAUCUUCCAAGACAUCGGCGUAGAGCCGGGCCUUUACUACAUGGUGUUUGGUGAGUCCCUACUCAACGAUGCGGUGACUGUUGUGCUCUACCGUAUUAUGAGUGAAUUCAUCAAUGUGACCGAUGUCGAAGGUGCACAGAUUGGACUUGGAAUUGGCUCCUUCUUCACCAUUUCUUUCGGUGGUCUCAUCGUCGGAGUGAUAAUAGGGUUAAUCACCAGCCUCUUUACUCGUUGGACAGGCCACUUUGGUUGCUUCCUGAUCUUCCUCAUGGCAUACUUCUCAUACAUCUUCGGUGAGACUCUAGGAUGGUCAGGCAUUAUCUCGAUGAUUGGAUGCGGUCUGGUGCAGGCUGACUAUGCCUUCCAUAACAUCUCAUCAUCUGCCCUAACCAGUGUUCAUUUAGUGAUCAAGGAGAUUGCCGAAGUAAGUGAGGCCUUCAUCUUCUUCCUUAUUGGUGUGCAACUUUUCUCCGAGGAGAUUGAGUGGAAUACGGGCUUCUGUCUCUGGGGCAUGGUGGUUUGUCUUAUAGCACGGGCAAUUGUUGUUCUCCUACUCACCUUCAUUAUCAACUGGAUCAACUUGAAUAAUCUACGCGUCACAUUUAAGCAGCAAGCCAUCCUAAUUUACGGUGGCCUUCGAGGAGCUGUGGCCUUUUCCCUUGGCCUUCUUGUGGAAAAUAAGGAACUGGGUCCAAAUGGACCCCAAGUACGGAGAAUAAUGGUCACUGGGACUCUCUUUAUCAUCCUUUUCACGGUUGGUUUGAUGGGAUUGACAAUGAAACCCUUGGUGAAGUUAUUCCGCAUCAAACUAGCAGGAAAGGAGGAGCUCUCACUUUUCGGCGAUCUAAAUGGAAAUGUACUGGAUCACCUUCUGGCUGGUGUGGAGGCGAUAAUCGGUUCAAAUGGACGCAAUCGUAUUCGUGUAUUCUUUACCCGACUUGAUGAUCGUUUCACUCGUCGAUGGCUUCAACGGAAUCCGGAAACGCAUGACGAGCGAAUCGUCCGAACGUACGAGAACAUUGCACUGAAGUUGCACUACGCCACCAUUAAACCAUCAAAGUCUUCAUCGUAUCUACAAGGCCUUCCCGAGACCAUCAGACAAAGGCACAUGCUGGAGAGUGGCGAUUCAACUCUCCACUUACCAGCCCUUGCAGCUACUUUUUCGGACUCGAGGUUGUUGGAAUACUUCACCUCAGCUCAAAAUCAAGACUCCUCUCUUAAUCUCAACGCACAAUCGUAUGAAUCCUUAGAAGAUCUUCAAGGACAUAGGGUGACUUUUGGCGGAACUAGUGACCUGGAUAGCCCCGAAGCUUUUGCCGGUCCUGAAUGGCGUCGCAAAUCAGCUGUGAUAGAGACAGGAGGGGAUGAAGAGUUCGAGAGGGAGUUCUUCAGUGUCCUACGAUCCAAAAUAAGGGCGUCAAGACUGUUGAGACUCAGAAAACACAAGUCCAAGACGAUUGACGACAGAAAUACUGCUGAUGAUGAGGACAAUGAGUUGGAGAGAAGGCGAGCUGAACAGACAGCUGCAAAUACAGCCUUAAAUCGUGUUACAACGCAACCAGAUCAUGCCUAUACAACCUUUGCGAGCCCAAAGAGUACGAAAGACGAAGCUCAGCUUCCACCACGGGACUACCCGGCCAGCUCGGGUAAGGACAGCUCUCCCAAAUUCCGAAUCGGUGAUGAUGACUAA